AUGGGCUCGCUGGAAGACUUCGUCUCGUAUGUGAGCAGUUCCAACUACGAGGCGGAGCUCAAGACGCGAGUUGUGGACACGUGCGCUGCCACUAAAGGCAAACCACUCAUCCUCGCGAGGGUGAGGUCUGCUUGGAGGUCUGCCAGAGCCUCUUUGCAAGGCCCAAAGUCGUCUCGUAUUGCAUGGAUGGAGAGCGCCGAGCUUAGCGAGCUGUCCAAGGACUCGGAAGUGGUUGACUGUGACAUUGGCUCCCUGAUCGCGCAGCUCCAGAAUUACGUAUUUCGCCGGCGAGUGCGGAUCAAGGAUGCGUUCAGGGAUUUCGAUCUGGCACGGACCAGCCGUAUCACGAAACCGAAUUUCGCUCGCGCCCUUUGUACUGCGGCUCCAAUUCUGAAGCCGUUUGAAGUCGAAGCUCUAACCGAGCACUUCACCGAAAGCGGGCUUCAGGUUUGCUGGCCGCGGGUGGUGAACUACACACUGUUUUGCCAAGCGAUAGACGACAUUUUUGGCCCUUCCAACUUGGAGAAAGCUCCAAAGCAGAAGGUGCCAUAUCCUGGAGAGAAGCUCUUCUCUGCAGGAGGCUAUUUCAAGCCGAAGUCAGCCUCAGGGGAUGAGGAGCUGCGCGUGAUCUUAUACAGAGUCGCAACUCUUUGCAAGACACGAGGAGUUGAGUUUGCCAGCUGCCUGCGUGCCCGCGUGGAAGCUGAGCAUCCCCGCGGAAGUGGCAAAGUGACUGCGGCAGUGCUCUUGCGCCGCUUUCCCUUCAUGGCCGAGUUCAGCGAGAACGACAUGUCCGUGCUCCUGCGCCGAUACUCUGACGAGAACGGCACCGUGCACCUCCACUCCCUGGAGACGGAUGUCCAAGACAUCAUGGAGGUGAAUCGAGCAGAAGAGCAGGCAGCAGGUGUUUACAGCGAUGAUGACGAUAUGGACGACGCACUCUCACGAAGUCAGGAGUCGCCUUCUCCAUCGUUCGAGGCCCCGAAGGGUGCUCAAUCCCCAAGAAAGGGCCGAAGGGCCACGAAAUAUGUCGUUUCUGCAAGACCAUGGUCACGGCAGCGGCCUCCAGAACUGCAAGAAGAACAGCCGCGCACGAUCAGGCCACAAACCGCUCCAUCGAGACGUUCCAAGCGAGCUAACAUCUCCUGCCAGGAAGUCUUGACAAAGAUCGGAGCGCUGUCGAAGAAGCGCUGUUUCAGGCUGAAGGAAGCCUUCCGCGACUUUGACCGCUUGCGCAGGGGUGUUGUGCCCUGCUGCCAAAUGCGUUCUGCGCUAGCAAUUGCCGGGCUGGAUCUGCUCGCCGCAGAGCUGCAAGUGCUUGAAGACAGAUACAGCGCCCCAGGCCCAGGCGAUAGCAAAGACGACCCCAAGACGUACUUUCGCUACGGAGACUUCUGUGCUGACGUGUCCUUGAAGGAGGCCCCGAAGCAGAUAAGCGACAGCGGCAGGAUGGCCAGCAGCGCGCCCUUGACGAAGCUCAUAAGCACCAUCAAAGCAAAGGCCCGGACCAGGAGGUUGGAACUCUUCAGUGCCUUCGCUGACAGGAGCAGCGGCAGUGUCGCUGGCCGUGUCCGCCGAAGUGCUUUGCUUCGGGUGAUGCACAUGUUGGGAUUCCCGCUGACAGAUCUGGAAGUUGACUUGCUCUGUGGCGCCUUCAGCGACGACAUGGGAUUCAACUACUUGCGCUUCUGUUCAGUCGUGGACCCCUUCAUGGCUCGGGCAGACGAAAGCAAGAAGGCUGGGCAGCCACCUCCGAGCAUCUACUUUGACUUCGCCGGUCGAGUUGUGCCACAUCCAAGUCUGAGCCGGCCUGCAUCAGCGCCUCAACUAAGGAGGUGA